AUGCCAAAGGACGAGGUCAAGGCGCGGCUGGCGCCCAUCCCUGUCUACACUGUGGCCAAUCCCAAAAACGAGUUUGUGCUCGUGGCGGGCGAGAGCAACACGCAGCUGGGGUUCUUCUUCUUCAGAAAAGAGGACGCCGAGGCCAUCAUAGACAAGAUCCGGGAGGAGAACCCUCGCCUGGCGCGCGACAGCAAGGUGCUGCGGGUGACCAUGGACAACGUCUAUGAGGUGUUCACCACGCCGCGCGACCAGACAGGUCUCACGGGCAUCCACUUCCGCUUCAUGCCGGACAUGUCGCAG